AUGCGGAUAAUGCCGUUGCUUGCUGUAUUCACUUUACUGAUUGCCUGUUCCGCCCAUGUGCCAUCUGUUGACGAUAUUCUACAGACCAAUCAGUAUGUGCUCAUUUCCCAACAAGAUAUUUUGACGUCUAUUCAAACUUCGGUACCAUCUGGUCGUUGUCCACAGUUCAUGGCGAGACCUACAAAUAAACCUCGUUCUAAACACUCCUCCGAUUCUCGAGUCUUGGGUGUGCAUCUCAUUCGUGAUCAUCUCUCUCGCUCUCCUCCAAUGCUCAUGACUGUGACACAAAAAUAUUCCCCAUCGAGCUCAGUUCAACAUCAACAAAUCAGUAUUCAAACAUUUGCUUUAAAUGUUACUGAUGUAUUUCAGUCGAAGUUUCGGAGAGGCGUAGAAUUUGCUAAGAAAGCGGAAGCUAGAUCAUACCAAGUGUUUGGGACAGAUCGAUCCAUUACCACUCUUUUUGACUCGAUGAACCAUAUGCUGUAUCUUCUCACAUCAUCAUCAUCUGCAAAUUUUAAAAUGUAUCAGUACUAUAUCAAAGGCCUUUACAAUAAGGGUCUUAGCAUAACGCAAGGUGUAGAGUAUUCGCAAUCAUCAUCAAGCAGUCGUUAUGAUUGGCAAGAAGAUCAGUACUCUGGAAAGUUUUACUACAAAGAAAAAAUCGAUGCCGAAGUGGGAUUGUUCGAGAUCCCAAUGAACGCUCUUGUCCCCACUGCUUUUGAAGGAGAACCUGGUGUGAAAAUUGCGGAAAACUAUAACGAAACUCUUGCGGGAGCAAAUGGAGGUGCAUUCUUCAAUUUGGACAUUGUUCAUGGUAAAAACUCGACAAUAAUGGUAUCAUCUCUUAUGUCUUCUUCGUUGGAACAUGGAUUCAAAUGUGCAGCGACAGUGAAUAAGUCUUCUGUGCCGUUUUUCAAUAAGCUUAUUGUCAUCCGAGAGCAAGAUUUCUGCAUGCUGCGAGAUGGAUUAAACUAUAAUAGAGCCUAUUGUAAACAAGAGCAGAGAGACUUUCUUGGAUUGGGACCGGAAGGCGAAGAAUCUUCAAUCGUCAAAUGGCUGCUUGUCACAUGCAUCAUAAUGUUCAUGGUCAUUGUUCUUCUUUUUGUCUAUAUCUACUGGCUUCGUGCGACUUUCACUUCCGACUACGACAGAACUCAUCCGAAUGAGUACGAAACCGAAGCAUCGCUAUUCGUCGCAAAGCAGAGAAGCUUCCCGUCGGUAUAUCAAGAUCCAGCUCUUCUUGAUGUUUCAGUUGAUAGAUGGAAUUAA